GAGGGGUGGCGUGAAACACCGGAUGUGGAUUACGUAGUGGAAGGCGUGUGUGUGACGUUAAGUGUGCGCGCGCUUAACUCAGCUCCGUUUUAACACAUGAUGACUCGCUUAUAUCGAUCGAUUAUCGAUCACGUGGUCAGUCAUCGCGCGCGUGCGUGCGUGUGUGUGUAACCUGACUCCCGCUCCUCUGCUGUCCUCGCGCUCCGGGUUUUACUUCCCGCCAACAGCGUGUUUGUUGCAUGCACGCGCGCACCCACCAACCGACCUUGAAUGCGUCCUCCUCGCGAUUAAAAUACUCGCGACGCGUGCGAUUGGUCGCCGCAUUCGGCCUCUCUCAUUGGCGGAGCCCCGCUGUCAGUCAAAGCGGUACCCGCCCCUCUCUGGCUGGCUCGCCCUCUGAUUGGCUGUCCCCGCUCCCCUUUCUCUCGGCGGUGGGUCGGAGCCGCUGUCCCUGGCCUCGCAUGUUGCCCCUCUAAAAGCCCCGUGUUAGAUUAGAUGCCCCCCUCUUAUGUAGAUUUGCUCCUCCACGGAAAAAAAAGGCCGCAGAAGCCGCCCCGCGUUUUAUUUCUUUCUCCCCCCCCGCUUCCAGCAGGAUCAUGGCCGUGGUGGUGAGCGGAUCGUCCGGGCCGGUCGCCCGGCUCGAGGGCCGCGAGUUCGAGUACAUGAUGAAGAAGCGGUCGGUGACCGUCGGCCGGAACUCGUCCCAGGGCUCCGUGGACGUGAGCAUGGGCCACUCGAGCUUCAUCUCGCGGCGGCACCUGGAGGUAUUCACCGCCAGCGACGACGGAGGAGGCGGCGGCGGCGGCGGCGGCGGAGACUUCUACCUGCGGUGUCUCGGUAAAAACGGGGUGUUUGUGGACGGAGUGUUCCUGAGACGGGGCGCCCCUCCUCUGCAGCUGCCGCGAGUGUGCACGUUCAGGUUCCCGAGCACAAACAUCAAGAUCACGUUCACGGCGCUGUCCAGCGGGAAGAAGUUGAAGCGCGAAGCUCCGGAGUCGCCCGUCAAACCGGUCCAGCCGCAGAUCUCCCCGCUGACCAUCAACAUUCCAGACAACAUCGCUCACCUGAUGAGCCCGCUGCCGUCGCCCACCGGCACCAUCAGCGCUGCUAACUCGUGCCCCUCCAGCCCGCGAGGCGCCGGCUCGUCCAGCUACAGGAUGGGCGGUCGCAUGGUGAGCUCUGCAGAGCUGCAGCUCCUCAACGACAACUCCCAACCCGAGAACGACAAAGACGCCUCCGGAGGGGACAGUCCCAAGGACGACUCCAAGCCUCCGUACUCCUAUGCACAGCUGAUCGUCCAGGCCAUAACGCUGGCGACGGACAAGCAGCUCACACUAAACGGAAUCUACAAUCACAUCACGAAGAACUACCCGUACUACAGGACGGCCGACAAAGGCUGGCAGAACUCGAUCCGUCACAACCUGUCGCUGAACCGUUACUUCAUCAAGGUGGCGAGGUCGCAGGAGGAGCCGGGCAAAGGUUCCUUCUGGAGGAUAGACCCGUCCUCGGAGAGCAAGCUCAUCGAGCAGGCCUUCAGGAAACGAAGGCCGCGGGGCGUCCCGUGCUUCAGGACCCCGCACGGACCGCUCUCCUCCAGGAGCGCCCCGGCUUCCCCCAAUCACUCGGGCGUCCUCUCCGCUCACUCCAGCGGCGUCCAGACGCCCGACAGCCUAUCGCGAGAAGGCUCCCCGGUUCCCCUGGAGCUGGAGACGUCCUCGGCUCCCGCCCCGACCUCCGCCGCCGCGGUCCAGCCCAAACUGGCGGUCAUCCAGGAAGCACGCUUUGCACAAAACACAUCAGGCUCGCCUGUCAACAACCAGCCGGUACUCAUAGCAGUCCAGCGUCCUCAAACCAUCAAGCCGGUCACCUACACCAUGGCCUCACCGGUGAGCACCAGCACCUCCCAGCCCGCCGUCCAGACGGUCCACGUCCUGCAGCAGAUCCCGGCGGGCUCCCUCAGCACCGUCAUCGCCCAGCCAGCCACCAUCAUCAGCAAGAGCGAGCUGCAGGAGAACGGAGAGCACACGGAGGUCAAAGUCAAAGUGGAGGCGGUCCCCACCAUCACCUCUAUAGGCGGCUCCAGUCGCAUCAUCCAGAGCACCCAGUCGGCCACGCCGCUGCAGACCUUCACCAUCGUGCAGCAGGCGCCCAUUGGUCAGCACCAGCUGCCAAUCAAAGCCAUCACACAGAACGGCACCCACAGCGUCACCACUGCCAUCCAGGGACACGCCAGCUCAGCUCCGGUGGUGGCGAGCCCGCUCCACCUGCUGGCGGCCCACGCCUCGGCCUCGGCCUCCCUCCCCACCAAACGACAGAACGGGGACCAGCCGGGCGGAGGCGGCGGCGAUCAGCCGGACGCCAAGCGCAUCAAAACAGAAGACGAGGCCGCCUCGAACCCGCCUGCCAACGCCGCAGCGGACUCGGACUCGUCGGCAGCUAACGACCCCGGCAACCACCACAACUAAGUCUGUGCAACCACACACCACCACCACCACCACCACCCUCCUUUCCUCCCCGUCUUCUCGUCUCUCUUGUUCGUUUUGUUUCUCCUCCUUCUCCCACUGACUCCCGAGGUGCCAAACGGAGAGGACUCUUUUCAUUUUCACGUUAUUCUGUUCUUAGAGCAUCGAAACGAAAGAAACAACGCCCGCCCCCCUUUUUAAAAGACUGGAAAUGUGGGUCGAGAACAAAACAAGCGGGGCAAAGAUGAACUCAAAGGUGUUCCCCACCCUUCCUCCACCCUGUGAGCCAAACAAAAAAAACAAAAAAACAGGAGAGUGACUAAAAACUACGACCACAGGAAGCCUUAACAACAACUAACCCUUACAAGAGCUUGACCUCCGAGCCGAGGAGGAGGUGGAUGACGAGGAGGAGGAGGAGGAGGAGGAGACCCGUGACUCAGCUCGAGGCUGGAGCUCACCUUUCUGUCGCAUCUACCUCAGAGCAGAUCGGAGAGACUCCGGCAGCCAACGAUCCUCCUCACGGGACCUCGUGAAGCGACCGACCAACGGCGAGUCGACGAGUUAACGGUUAAAAGAAAAAAGAAAAAAAAAACAGAAAACGAAUUUUUUAAAAAGAUUAAAAGGUCAACGCGUUCAGAAAGGGAUCAAAACUCGGAGCCAAUAUUCCUGAAACUCUGGCAGCUAGCCUCUCACGAUACUGACCUUCCUCUUAUCGCAGCUGUACGUAGACAUGCAGUAUUUUGUUGUGGAGCAUAGGGUUCUUCUCUUUUUUUGUUUUGUUUUUUAAUGUAUCUAGAGAAGUUAAUUUAAUUAAAGGACGCGAUGAGGUCGACGACAUUUCGGUAACUAAGUUAGAAACUCACUUUUUUUUUUACGUGGACUCUUUCUGUUCGGUGUAAUAGUUUGUUUCUUUCCCCUCGUCCGUUCGUUCGUUCGGACAUAUCCAUUAUUUUGCUUAGUUAUUUACAUAUUUUAACACCUGCACAGAUAACCGAUAUAAGCAUAUGAAACCUCCAUGUGUAGUUCCAGAUGUUUGACCUUUGCAUGUAUCCAGACGACAGAGACGUUGUUAAACUGUAAAACUGAAAAAAAAAAAGACCUGCACUUGAUUCAAUGUUUGUGUUUUUUCAUUCCCCUCCUUCUUUUUUGUUUUGUUUUUGUUUCUUCUUCUUCUUCUUCCUCCCGGCUGUGUUGACGUUGUGGUGUUGGCAGACCUCCUCUUCCUCUUCCUCCUCCUCUUCCUACUCUUUAUUUGCUUGAUUAUUUUACUCUGUUCUGGCGGCCCCCUCCCCCGGCGAGUCUGUUUUUCUGAUUGUACACGUUCCAAAACAAAAAUAGUAAAGUAAAACAAGACAAAAAAAUAAAUAAAUUGAUGUUUGUUCUGCUUCAGUGGA